AUGGAAAAUUUCCUCAAAUCAAAGGAAUAUUGGGAACUAAUCGAGCCUGGCUAUGUUGACCCAACAAGUGGAGUGGUACCGACAGAAGCACAACGAAAGAAGAACGAUGAGAUGAAGUUGAAGGAUCUCAAAACAAAAAACUAUCUCUUUCAGGAGAUUGAUCGAACUGUGCUCGACACCAUCCUUAAGAAGGAUACUUAUAAAGAUAUAUGGGAUGCUAUGAAGAAAAAGUUUGAAGGAAAUGCAAGGGUCAAAAGGUCUCAUCUGCAAGCUCUCCGCAGAGAAUUUGAAACUCUUGAGAUGAGAUCUAGUGGAGGUGUAACAGAAUACUUCUCUAGGGUCAUGAUAGUGGCCAAUAAAAUGAGAAUAUACGGGAAAGAUAUGUCAGACGUUAAAGUGGUUGAAAAGAUUUUACGCUCUUUAAUUGAGAAGUUUAACUAUAUUGUUUGUUCUAUUGAAGAGUCAAAGGACAUCGACGAUCUUUCUAUCGAUGAUGGCGAAGAACAAGCCUUGAAAGUUACAUAUGAAGCAGGAAGAGGUUGUGGUCGAGUUGGUUAUAGAGGAAGGGGGAGAGGUAGAGGUCGAACAGAUUUCAACAAGGCAACCAUAGAGUGUUACCAAUGUCAUCGACUUGGACAUUUUCGUUAUAAAUGCCCUCGCAACAAUGAAGCUAAUUAUGCAGAAUUUGAUGAAGAAGCAGAAAUGCUUUUGAUGUCUUAUGUGGAUCUGUUUGAAGCUAAAAGACAAGAUGCAUGGUUCCUUGAUUCAGGAUGUUCUAAUCAUAUGUGUGGUGAUCGAACUAUGUUCAACGAACUUGAUGAUAAGUUCUGA